GGAAGUCAACGCUUUGAGUUUCCGGCUCCUCUUCCGGUAGAGGCCCAGGUGGCGGGUUUGACGCGGGAAAGUGUCUUCUGUAACACAAGUAAUCGCGAUUUCCGAAGACAUUUUACAACAGGGGCACCGAAAGUUGUAAGUCCAAGAAGACUAAGCGCAUGUCCUUUCAUUUCUUCGCAAUCGAAAUUAACAGUUAAGAGACGCAGCUGGGGCACCGCAAAGCAACAUUUUAAACCCCUUGUUAUUUAUGCGCUAUGUUGUGUUGACUCGGCGUGGUGACUUACUGAGCGCCGGGAGAGGAGUCGUUGGUUUCGAAUCGUGCCGAGCACUCGGAGCAGUACCAUACCGCACCUCGUUGUUGAUAGAGCCCGUUAUUUCGCAGCUACAGACAUUUGAAGUCUCAGUUUUUAACCCGUGGAGUGUCGCAGUGGAAAAAUGGGAGACACUCUGGAAUUUAACGAGAUCUACCAAGAGGUGAAAGGAUCGUGGGUGAGUUACACUGAGCUCUCUCUUCCUCUGCAUCUCGGAUUGAGAAAUAUUCAGUGUCAUGCCCUCUUAUGUCCGCAGGACUUUGAGAAAAUAUCGGAGUAUUUCAAGAACAAUUACAGGGUGGAGCUGAUGGAGAAGGACCUGUGUGUGAAGGGCUGGAACUGGGGUACAGCCAAGUUUGGAGGUCCUCUGCUGUCAUUCGAGGUCAGUGACAGUCCUGCGUUCGAGGUCCCCCUGUCGAAUGUGUCCCAGUGCACUACAGGGAAGAAUGAGGUGACUCUGGAGUUCCACCAGAACGACGAUGCCGAGGUCUCACUCAUGGAGGUCCGUUUCUACGUGCCACCCACUGCAGCGGAUGACGGGCUGGACCCUGUUGAGGCCUUCGCGCAGAACGUGCUCUCCAAGGCCGACGUGAUCCAGGCCACGGGCGACGCGCUGUGCAUCUUCCGGGAGCUGCAGUGCCUGACCCCCAGGGGGCGCUACGACAUCCGCAUCUACCCCACCUUCCUGCACCUGCACGGCAAGACCUUCGACUACAAGAUCCCCUACACCACCGUGCUGCGGCUCUUCCUGCUGCCCCACAAGGACCAGCGCCAGAUGUUCUUCGUGAUCAGUCUGGACCCCCCCAUCAAGCAGGGUCAGACGCGCUACCACUUCCUCAUCCUGCUGUUCUCCAAGGAGGAGGACAUCUCCCUGACCCUCAACAUGAGCGAGGAGGACGUGGAGAAGCGCUUCGAGGGCAAGCUCAGUAAGAACAUGUCCGGCUCUCUGUACGAGAUGGUGAGCCGUGUGAUGAAGGCGCUGGUCAACAGGAAGAUCACCGUGCCCGGAAACUUCCAGGGCCACUCGGGGGCGCAGUGCAUCACCUGCUCCUACAAGGCCAGCUCGGGGCUGCUGUACCCGCUGGAGCGCGGCUUCAUCUACGUGCACAAGCCCCCCGUGCACCUGCGCUUCGACGAGAUCGCCUGCGUCAACUUCGCCCGCGGCACCACCACCACCCGCUCCUUCGACUUCGAGAUCGAGACCAAGCAGGCCGCCCAGUACACCUUCAGCAGCAUCGAGAGAGAGGAGUAUGGCAAGCUGUUCGACUUCGUCAAUGUCAAGAAGCUCAACAUCAAGAACAGGGGCUUCAAAGAGAAAAAUAAGGGCAUGAAGGGCAACGACAACGUGUACUCGGACUCUGAUGAUGACCAGCACGAUGCCUACCUCGAGAGGAUGAAGGAGGAAGGGAAGAUCCGGGAGGAGGCGGCCAACGACAGCAGCGAUGAAUCGGGAGAGGAGACCGACGAGUCCUUCAAUCCCGGAGAAGAGGACGAGGACAUCGCGGAGGAGUAUGACAGCAACGCCUCGGCCAGCGACAGCAGCGCGGACGAUGGGGAGAACGACAGCGAGGCCGAGAAGGAGAGGCCUCCCAAGAAGGUCAAGGUGGAGAAGGAGAAGAAAGUGUCGAAGCCCCGGAAGAAGGAGUGUACUUCUCUUUCUCAGGAAUGGGAGCAGAAAGCAGGGGAGGCGAAGAGAAACUAUGAGAAAGCUCUUAAGGAGUACAAGGAGAGUGGUGGUGGUGGUGGUGGUGCCCCAGCUUCCAGCAAGAAAGAGGCCAAGAAGAAGGGCAAGUCGGAGGAGAAGAAGCCGGCGAAGAGCGUGGGCGCGCCGGCCGCGGACAGGGAGAAGGGCAGCGAGAGCUUCAAGAGCCGCGAGUUCAUCUCCAGCGACGAGAGCUCCUCCGACUCCGACCACGGCAAGGGCAGCAAGGCGCAGGGCUCAGAUGAGGAGGAGAUCGCAAGUACUCCCCCCAGCUCUGAGGAGUCUGGAUCCGACUGAAGCCAACCUCGUUAACCAAUUAACUGGACUCAUUAACCAAUGAGAGGAAAAGUGACCAAGAGGGACCCAAGCAUCACACAGGCAGAACACACUCUGCUUUUUCUUCUGUAAAUAGUGAUUUGUAGGCUUGUAUUUGUUGCUGAACUGACUCAAGUUUAGUCUUUGAAAGUUCGAAUGACUGAAGUCAGAGAUUAAGCCCAUUCCUCAAGAUUUAUUUGAAUUUUUUCAAUUUUGUUUGAUUACCCUAUUUUUUUUCCUAAGAAGGUUCUGGGCCAUUUUUCAAGCGUGCUGUUGUUUCAGAGCACACCUCUGGGAAAUGCGUACUCAUUAAAACCUCUAGUGUUUCUGGACAUCCUGUACUUUCAGAUUGAUGACAGUGUUUUAUAGGAUUAUUUCAUCUGGAAGAGAAAAUAAAAUACAUUUCCCAUGAUUCUGACUGCUAGGUAUGAGAGCAGAAAAACUACACUUCCCAUGCUUCCUGCCCAUGGGCAUGAGGACAGAGAAAAACUAUCUGAUGGGUGUGAUCUGCUGAUGGGAGAGGGUAGCUGUAAUGUUCCUUUGGAUGUGAAAGGGAUGUGAAGUCUGUGCUCCAGUACCAUGCAAAUCCAUGCUUCUGUGAACCAUUCUGGUUUUGGCAUUGUGUGCAAAUGCAGAUAUUGGAUUCCAGGGGAGGUAGUGUACUUUGUACUGAUACAAUAGUAUUAACUUAGACCUCCCUUGAGCUCCUGUGAUUUCUUUUUGUGACCCAGACUCUUAUCACUAUAUCCUAG